UCGUACGUCGGCAUUAUUAACCAUGUCAGGACUGAUUCUCUUGGCUUUAUUCUGUUUCCUUCCGCCGAUAUCUGUCGUUUUAUCUAGUCGACAUUUAAACGUCACUACAGUGAUUUCUGUUGAUCCUAAAGAAGAACAGGAAUAUUUUCUGUACUUUAAGCAUCUCCCAAAUAAAAGUCCACUUGACAGUUACUUGCAUUCUCCAAGACAACUUUAUGUGCUUUGUAAAGCAGCUGAAUUUGCUGCUCAGAACUACAAAGGUGCMAAAGAAGAAAACAAGUUUACUCUUCGCCAUAUUUUGUCUCUCAGGAAUGUACAGGACAAUCGAGCAUUCAAAUACAGACUUUUGUUACAAGAUGAUAAAACCGGAGAACAUCAUAAAGCGGAUAUUGCCAUUUUCACUGUACCAACCAAUGUAGGUGGAAAAUAUAGAGUCAGGGUUGAAGUAAUGAAACAAAAACGUUCUGGUGUGGUUGAGAAUCAAAAUGAGGCGCCUUGUGAUCGACUGAGUCGAGCUGCGAACUGUUCGUCAUGUGGCUAUAGAGGGAUAUGUCACAAAGGGACUGCACGUAUCUCGCCUUGGCUUGCACUGGCCCUGAAAACACAGAGGAAACUUCAAGUAAACAUGUCCUUAGACAGAGUUCAAAUGUUAGCUGCACACAAUGCAUUCAAUAACAGAGCCGAUGGGUAUGGGGAACUAGACGAUUGUCAUUGGCCUCCACCUUACAAAAGUGAGUGCAUUGUUCUCGCCAAUCAGGAAUUCAGUUUUACUGACCUACUUCAAAUGGGGAUAAGAGCAAUAGAAAUUGACCCUUGGUGGUGUUUUGGUAAAGUAAGGAUGAGUCACGCCCUUAAUCAUGCCUACCUCGGGUGUGGUCCGUGGGACAGGGAAUUUAAAGACGGAAUAAAAGAAAUCGCUGAGUGGUCGAAGCGAUCAGAAAACAAGAACGAAGUUAUCAGAUUGUAUUUGGAAGAUGGCCCUGCCCACACACAAGGACACGAUGCUUUACUUAAUGGGCCUAUCAAAGAACACUUUGGCGAGAAAGUCCUAACACCAGACGAUAUCCAGACUUAUUUUAAUGGAAAAUGGCCUACACUUUACGAGAUGCAAAAAUUGGGUAAGAUUGUCUUAAUCUCGUCAGGAAAUUCUUAUAACCACGAAGGCGAGUACAUUCACCGAGGCUACUGGAAAGAGAUAACAACUAACCGUUUUCUGGCGUACAAAAACUGCACAGAAGCCGUUACAUCCAGUGCCGAACCACUACGUGUUUAUAGCGAUAGCACCGAAUAUGGUCCCUUUUGGAAUGGGCCAAAGAAAACUGGUACAAUACUCAAUUACAUGGAAUAUUUAAAAUGUGGUGUUAUGUAUCCGGCAGCAGAUCAAAUAAACCCUGAUCUACUCAACACAGCAGUAUUUACAUGGGCAAGAAACGAACCAAGGGAAAAACUAAGUCAACAGUCCUGUGUAGUUCUUUGUGCAGAGGAUGGCAGAUGGCAUCUUCAACAAUGUGCUACUAAAAACCCUUAUGCGUGUGUUUCAACGACCAAUGACAGUAUAGAAACCAAAUGGGUUAUCAGUUCCACAAAAGGACCUUAUUAUGAACCUGCAUGUCCCGAGGGCUUUGUUUUUAGUGUCCCGCGCAACGCUGUGGAACAUUAUAAACUGUUAAAAGAAAUGAAUAGGCAAGAUAUUUGGUUGAACCUUAAGCAUUAUAUACCAUUGAUCAUAGAGGAAUAACUGGUCUAUGCGGGAAUCGUAAAAAGCCAUUUGGCAACAUUUUAAUGUCAAUUUUAUACAUUUGUAUUAAACGUACUGUCUUUAAUCAUUUA